ACUGGGGAACGAGCCAGCAACCUGGGCAUGGGCCCUGACCAGGAAUGGAACCAUGUCUCCUGAUUCAUAGGUCAAAGCUCAGCCACUGAGCCACCCGGCCGGGUGGGCAUUUAACCCAGGAGGUUCCCAGGCAAGAGGGCAGUGCCAUGGAGGCCCACGUUUUGGUAAAAGAGCCAAGAGUGACAGCCACCACGGGAGGGGAGGGGAGGGCGAGGGUCGGGCGGGGCCUUCCCAGGCAGCCCCAGCUUUGUGGGCGGUGGAGCCAGCCUCGCCCUCACCUCCCCGCGUCCAGGCCGGGCCCCUGGCGCCUGGCGCCGGCCCACAGGCCUUGUCCUUGCGGUGUCCUCUGGAAGGCACCUUUCGGCCCGUGGUGGAGCUGGGUGCGAGGGCCAGGAAGGAUCUGACCCCUUUGGCCGGGCGCGGCGACAGGUGGGCUGAAAGACGAGCCGAGAACUCGAUCUGUGCCGAUCUGAGCGCGGGGUGGCCAGCGGCUCAGUUUCAGCUCUCACGGGGGAGCGUGACCGGCAGCUUUAUAUAGCUCCGCGGCCGGCCGGCGGGAGGCGUCCUUGCAGAGGGAGCAUCGGAGCAUCCAUCGCCGUCGGCCGGAAGCCCCGCUCGGCUCGGAGACCCUGCCCGCUGCGCUGGGCGCAGGCCUCCCCAGAGCAGGCCCCCACAGGGGAGGCCCCCCGCUGCCCCCGAGAUGCCCAGCAGGACGGUCCGCUAUGUGGCCUACAGCCCCCGGCAGCGGCGCCGCCGGAUGCUGGCCCAGCGCAGCGUGCGCUUCCCCAACGACGUGCUGUUCCUGGACCACAUCCGCCAGGGCGACCUGGAGCAGGUGGGGCGCUUCAUCCGGGCCCGCAAGGUGGCCCUGGACACGCUCUACCCCUCAGGCCUGGCAGCUCUGCACGCGGCAGUCCUGUCUGGGAACCUGGAGUGCGUGAAGCUGCUGGUCAGAUACGGGGCAGACAUCCACCAGCGCGACGAGACGGGCUGGACGCCCCUGCACAUCGCCUGCAGCGACGGGUACCCCGACAUCGCCAGGUUCCUCCUCUCCCGGGGAGCCGACCGGAAGGCGGCCAACGACGACGGCGACCUGCCCGCCGACCUCAUCGACCCCGACUUCCAGGACUUGGUGGAGCUCUUCCAGGGCGCCGGGGUGGGCUAGCCGCCCGCCCCGGCCCCGCCCCGCCCCGCCCCGCCCCGGCCUGGCCUUUCCUCCAGGCGCGUUUUGUACGGUGACACUUUGUACUUUUUCAAUAAACGUGAC